AUGGAGGAUGUCGAGGAGCUGCUGCACACCGCGGACGAGAUGCUCACUGGCUUUGACAUGCUGAACACCAUCACCGUCUUGAACCGCCUCUCACGGCUCCGCGGCGCGAACAAGCUGCAUCACGACCCGCGGGUGCUUGAGGUCCUCUACCGCAUAGAAGCCUGGCUCUCCCAUGCCGGUGUUCCCGGCGCUGCCGAGAUGGUUGGUCCUGAGAUGGUGCAUGCCCGCCACCUGGCGAGCAUCACCACGGCCCUUGCCCGGCUGCAGUGGAAGGACUCCACGGCGGGUCGUCUGCUCCGCAUCAUUGCCUCCAUUGCUCCGCCGCUGCUCGCCACGUCGCGCGCGAGGGACCUCUCCAACCUGGCCUGGGGCUUUGCCACCCUCGAUCUGCGAAAGUUCGACUCGGUGAUGAUGGCCAUCGCUCGCGAGGCCGUGGUACAGAUUUCCGACUUCACGGAACAGAACCUCUCGAACACCUGCUGGGCCUUCGCCAAGAUUGGCAUCCGCCACGACCCGCUGAUCAAGGCCAUUGCUGACGAGACCUUGCGGAAGCUUCCGCAGUUCUCCGCCCAGGGCCUUGUCAACACCCUUUGGGGCUUCGCCACGCUCGUCAUCAAAGGCGAAGAGUGCCUGGGUCAGUCUUCCUGGCAGCUCAUCUGUGCCCUCCUCGAGGAGAUCACACGGCGUCUACCGGACUGCACCACCCAGGAGCUGAGCAACAGCUCCUGGGCUUGUUGUCGGUUGGGCGUGCGCCACGAUGGCUUCAUGGCAGCUGUCGCCGACCAGGGCCUCAAGAUCGUCGGGGACUAUACCUGCCAGGACCUGGCGAACUCCGCCAUGGCCUUCGCAAAGCCCAACAUCUACCACCGGCAGUUUCUGGAGGCUCUGGCGCACCACUCCGCACGGAAGAUGCGGCAGUUCGAGGCCAGGGAGGUCUCCAACGCGCUGUGGUCCUUCACCAUCAUUGGCCCGGGGGUCGUGGGCCCCGAUUGGCUGGACCCCGCGCUGGACCACUUCCUGAACCUCAUCCGCAUGCGCAAGUACGAAGGGUGGGAGUUGGUCCAGGUCGUCAACGCUUGCUGGCCGCAGCGGGAGGAGCUGCAUCUGUGGCCGUCCUUGGAGAGAACAUUCCAGGAGCGCGUCUUUCAGCGAGUGGUCCAUGCCCUCGAAGCCAUCAUCGGCCGGGAUCAGGGGCUCCAGGGCAUGGCAGAGCCAGCGGCCGAGGCUGCAGUGGCUGCGCCGAUAAAGCUGCUGAAUGCCGGCCCUGCCACACACGGCAACUUGAGUGCUGCCCACCGCCUGCCGGAGAGGCUCUCGCCCCUGGAGUCCGCUCGCCGUGCCGCCCAGCGCUUGAUCGAUGAGCUCCAGGUUGACUUCUUGGGACCCAUCUUCACGCGCGUGGCCAUGCGACAGCUGGGCCUCAUCGACCCCAGCGACCUGCGAGGCACCACCGCCUUCUCCAAAGGAACGGAGCCCGACGCCCAUGCUGGGCCCGAAUGGGGCGCCAGGGCCCGCGCCGCGGUGGCGGCGGCACUGAAGAAGAUGCGCGAGGAACUUCCGUUCAUGUGGUUCGACCGCUUCGGCCCCCACGAGCGGCGCGUGAUCUCGUGGAUCGCCUUUGAUCUGGAGGUAGCCAUCACCUCCAAUGGAUUGGAGGGCCACUGGAGCGAGCACCUCAAGGAAGUGGGGAGGAUCACUGGCUUCAGCUUGGACGAGCACAGGGCCAUGGACAAGAGAGGUGUGGAGACCUUCACGCGGCUGCAGGAGCAGUGGCGAGGCGAAGUGCUUUUCACCUUGCAGGAUGUGCGCAAGGGGCAGGAGUGGCUGCAAGGGCUCUUCGCACAGCAUGACCGAGCUGGGCACACGGAACGGCAGGCCCUUCUGGAAGUGAUCCUGGAGAUCAUCGGCGCCAUACGCCGUCUGGAGCGGAAGCAGAGUCAGUUUCUUCAGGGCCGCGCCGCAUUGCAGCCGGAGACCAGCAUCGAGCUGGGCCUCUUUGAUGGUUCGCUGGGGGCUGCGGUCAGCGGGCAGAUGCAGGUGUUCGUGUGUCACUUCUGCUGCAUCUCCUGUAUGGCCGCCAUCUGCAACUUUGCCCGACGCUUCCCUCACGUGAAGAUGCACAUCGACUACGACGAUUGUUGGAGGACACGGCUGCUUGAUGUCUGA